CAUUACAGCUGUUAUAUUGCUUUGUGCCAACAGAUGAUCGUUAAUAUUGCAUCAGCUUUGCAAUUUCACCGAUCGACCGAAAGAGCAGAUGCACUCAUUGCAGCGGCGUUAGUAAAUAACCCUCGGCGCCUGACAAAGGGAGAGGGGGGGGCGGUGAACUUGUAGACACUUAAAACGUCAUCUGCAAUAGUACCCCUGACUGUAUAUCUCUCCGCGAGCCAGAGACGGGGAGCAGAAAGUGAAGGAGACGGUGUGGCCGGUACUGUAACUACAAAACAUCUGAAAUCUCAUCCAGAUUCUUUGGUGUUUAAUUCCUGCGAUUCCACGGUUUUCUAAAACCUCGCCGUUCGGCGUCUUGGAAUUGCAACAGAACGUUUUUCCUCUUUUGUCUCCAGCCCUCCAUCCCAUUUUUUCCCGAGGUUUCUAAGGCCGGACGAUUAUUUCUUGCGCGGAAACACUUUUGCGAAGAAGAGUGCGGUCCGUCUCGCCAGCAUCGCUAUAUGCGCCUGGGCAUCGCUGCGAUUUACUUGAUGGACACACGCCUAUGCGACUGGGCAGGACCUCCAGAGUAACCGGACACGGGGACUUCCUCUGAGUUAUAAUAAAGUUGAUCGGAAAGGGCAGCGACAGACAAAAGCAUCGACAACAUCAGAAAGGACAUCGUCGUGGAAAGGAGACAUCAGAGCUGACGCCUGCAUUCCUUUCGUUGUCCGUCAUCCAGGCGAUCGCCGGCCACUUGCGGAUGCGCUCUUCUGGAGCGGUUUCUUCUUCGGCAUUUACAUGCGAUGGCCGCGUCUGGGGGACCGAAGGCACCAAAGAGCGAUAAGUUGGACGAGGCGCAGGCGCUGGCCAAGAACUGCGCCGGCAGACCAGACUUUCUGCCGUGCGACGGUCUGUCUAUCUGCGCCACGCACAGCCACGGAAAGUGCUUCAAGCUGCACUGGUGCUGCCACUUGGGCUGGUGCCACUGUAAAUAUGUGUACCAGCCUAUGACCAGUGUGUGCCAGCUGCCCAGUACGGCGGUGCCCCCGACUCCCUCUGACUACACUGACACCAUCAAUCUCUCCGUCUCCCUGGCCGAGCGCUUCCUCAGGACCGCUCCCUUCUUCCCUGUCCCGCCUUGCCCCGAGUCACCCAAGUACUGCAUCAUCGCUGACCUCUUCAUCGAUGACUAUGUGGUCAAACGCAUCAACGGCAAGAUGUGUUACGUGCAGCGCCCCCCGCCUCCGACACCGGCCCCUCCCCCACCACAGGAGCCCCCCCAGCAACCCCCAGAGCGAGCCGCUAGAGAACCCAAGCCCGCCCCUGGUGACGAGGUCAGCGGGCCCAAAAUGGACCACUGUUCUUCCCCUUCCAGCUCAGAGGACUCUGGCAUCAAUGCGCUUGGCCUGCACUACAUGGAGUCGUGUGACGACGACACAGAAGAGGAGGAGGAAGAGGAGGAAGAUGAGCUGAGCACUGAUGGAGACUCCUACCCCGGCAGCCUGUGGGACCAAGACCAGUGCAGUCUGCUGUCUCCUUCCAAGUCCAUGGUGGAGAUCAUCGAAAAGAUCGAAACAACUGUGUGACAGACCCCGCCCCUGCCCCCCGAAACUCAGUCACGGUCCGUGUCCCUCUGGCUCGUGUCUGACUGUGGUUUCGCUUUUCAUUUAUUGGAACCAAUAGUUUUGGGACUGAGACUGCAGAAUCUGAGCACAAAUAAUUACUACACGUUGGCAUUGAAGCAGCACCUCUUGGCUUUGGUAGGCCGUCCCUCCACCCACCGUAUUACAUAAUAAUGCCUCAUGGCAUCCACCCGAGGGCUUCACUGUGUCCCCUGGCCCCUCCACCCAAAGUCCCCAGCAUGGUUCUCCGACAGAGACCCUGUAGCAUGGUCUCACAUCCCAAGCAGUGGUUGGGCUUUACGCUUGACAGAGAGCGCCCUCAUGCACGCAUGCACACUCGCGCACGCAUGCGCACACGGGCCCAGCAUACAGUCCGUGAGCCCCUCAGUAGCCUGCCUUCAGUAUAUGGUACGCUAGCUGGGAGCUCUUUGGAUGAACCAAGAAAACGGAAGUGUGUGACGUCCACAUCCCUGCAAAAGACUCACAUCUGAAUUCAUCUGGAUGUGACCUGCACAUCAUUCCUGCUUUACUUAUAAUUAUCUGGACAAAAUUAGCUUUUUAAUGAUGAACAAAAGAAUUCCUUUUUUUUGACAAUCAAAGAAUAAUGAAGCCUAAGAACACCCGCCUUUGCAGGUCAAUCUCAGCGCUGGCUAGGUCAAUGCCCAGUGCACAGCGCAAGCGCAAGCACAGGCACGAGGCCGGCGAACAUGCCUUCCUGUUUAAGCACACUCUAUACCACUGUGGUGCGAGCACAGUGCUGUCUUUUCAGCUUGAGGGCUGUGUUGUUCUUCCACACCUUGUGGCCAUUACCGGAUCCUAGCCGGAACAUCUGCAGCCUCUUUGAAAAGACUGAGUCAUUCAAAGAAGGAGGCUGUUGAAAGGAACCCAGUGAGGCUCUUAGGCAAGCAAUCUGUUUACUCCAGCGCUGCCCAUUGAGGCCGAGAAGUGUCUCUUCUUACUGUUUUAGCACAAAACCCUCACAUCCACAAGCACACAACUUGCACCUUGGUCCCCAGAGUUCUAGAAAGCUUCAGGGGUGUUCUGGAACGGCCGAUCUCUAGGAACACUGAGAACUCCGACCGCAGGAGACCGGGGAACACAUUCAGCUCAAUCUCCUUGUCCUGCUUGGUGGGACAAAGAGGAGGACAACAUUUUCCAGGAUAAUAUAAAGAAAUACAAAGCUAACAGACGCACACAUACAUCACAUCUCAGCAUUGGUUUUACUAAAGCCAGUUUUCUUAUGAUCCUUAUUGUUCGUACUCUUAUUUUCUUAUAAAGAAAUAUAUUACAGAAGUUCACUGUCUGGUGUACGUGUGUGAAAAUGUUCUGCUGCUUCCGUCCUCAUGAAAACACUGGCAGGCUGUGUACUUUUAAUGAACCUUUUAGUCUGCAGAUCCUAUAUGAUACCAUGCUAAUUCAUUAUCAAUGUACGACUCAGCCUUUCCACCAAAUUAAUUAUCUGGCAUUAUAAUAAGACUGAUAACUGCUCCCGUUAAACUGUUGUAACAUUACGUUUGAUGCCAAAUUGCAUUGUAGCGCUACGGCGAAGUACGCAUUCUGCCAAGGUGAAAUCCCCUUAAUCUGUGAUACAUCUAAUCAGGUAAAUAAAAUUUGUACGGUGGAUGUAGAAUGAA